AUGAUUAGAGAAAGGGAAGAUACAUCAAUUGAAAGCCAAAUUGAAGAAUAUUCUAAAGGGAAAAGUCAAAAUGAAAUAGGAAUGCCUUCACAUGAGUUGAUUUCUAACCUGGAAGAGGCAUUGUCGUGUAUUCCACCACCUAUAACUUAUUCUCCAGACUGUAUUACCUCAAAGAUCACUACUAAGGCUAGUGGUGACCCACCGGCAAGUGUGAAACUUUGGGAAGACUUUUUUGAGGAAGUGAACAGAUUCCGUUUUGAUCAGCAACCGAUAUUUGAGAGGCUGAGAUUUAAUGACGAAUUUAAUGAUGUGGUUGAUGAAGAGGAUGUUUGUAAUGCUAUAAAAGUCAAUAUUUGUCAGAUAUUGAAUAAACUUAUGGGGCCAGACUGCGUAUAUUCAAGAAAAUCUACUGACACUCACGGCAUAUCAGAUUUCAACUGUCAUCUUACGAGUAAAGGCAAGGAUGUAGUUCAACAAAUCUAUAAUUAUAUAGGAGGAAACGAACUUAGAUAUGUAGUAUCAGUUCAAGGGGAUAAUGAUUCACGUACUCUUCGAUCACACUCAAAGUCAUCUUCUAACUCCUCAUUAAAUCAAAAGGCUUUCAGCUCCUCAUUAAAUAAUCAGUCUUCCAGCACCUCUGCGAACCAACAAUCUUCUCCUGUAGACCAACAAGAUUAUAGCUUCACAGACUUCAAGUUUAAGGGCAUACUAGGUGAAGGACGAAGUAGUAAAACGCUCCUAUGCGAGUUUUGUGAUGAUACAAUUGUUCUGAAGAGCGUAAACUUGUCGAAGGCUCCAUUGUAUGUUCUGAAAGAAAUGCAGAAGGAAGUAGAGAUGUACAAAGAUCUAGCUAAUAUUCAAGGCAAGUAUAUCCCAAAGCUGGUCUAUUAUGGAUAUUAUGGAGGAGGCAUGAGUUUCGUUAUCGGCUUAACCAUUGUUAGCACUAUGUUAAGCGAUCAAAAAAUAACGGAACAGCAAAAGUCAAGAGCUAUUAAGAGAUUAGAAGCAAUCCACAAGCAUGGUAUCCUCCACAAUGAUAUUCGGAAGGAAAAUAUCUUAAUUAACGAUAAAGGUGCCCUAUACCUGAUUGACUUUAGGAUGGCAAGCCAGGAGGACACAAAAAAGAAGAGAAAGCUUUUCGACGAGGAACAGCUCAAAUUAUCUCAAUUUCUAGAUGGAUAUAUUGUCACAGGCAAUAAUAUCUCUGCUCCAUCAUCCAUUGAGAACAACUUAUCAUGUGACAUGAAAAUGAUCACUUGUACCAAUAGUGAGAAUGCCUCAUCUGAUGAAAUGUCUGGGCCGAUUGCUACACAACCGCUUGAUAGAAAUCAAGUCACUGAGCAAACUUUAAAGCAUGAACUUUCUAGGCCUAUUUCUUCAGUGGAAUCAGUUAAACUACAUGAUGAGUCUAUCUUAAACAAUGCAAUUGAGGACUCUAUGCAGAGAUUAGCUUAUUGGAUUGAUGAGGAGGCUAUGAAAAUAGGUCUAAAAGAAAUCUUAUGCUUAUAUCAUUAUUCUUUUGAGUUUGAAGAAAAACUCAUGUCGAAAAAAUAUACGGAUAAAUAUUUCGAUAGAAAGGCUUCCGAAUGGAAUAUACUGGAUUUUUUAAACGAAUGUGAAGCAGAACAGUUCGAUCUGAAGAUUCACCGUUACAUUAAGAGCCUCGAGAAAAUUGCAAGUGAUUCCGAGCGUGAAAGUGAUUGCAGGAGUGAAACGGCACAAAUUUUGCUCGAUAAUUAUAGGAAGGCGAGUGGCUUUGUAGGUUGCCUGUCGUUAAAGAUCCCGCCAGGGCGCAGGUGGCUUUGUAGGUUGUCUGCUGUUCAAAGGCUUAUAGCUGAUUUGGCGGGAUGGGAAACUGGGAGGGCAUGGGAUAGUGGACGAUCGUACAAUCAGAUUCAUUGCCACCAGCCGACAAUUAUGAAUGGUGGGAUUAUAAAUGGCUUUAUAAAUGGGACUAUGGCCGGUGGAACUUUAACUGCCGAAUCAUCAAAUAAGAGGGAUCAGGAAAAGGAAGAUGAACAAAAACAAACAAAGCGAGUUCGCUUUCAUGAAGAGAAGCCUCCGUCGAAAAAGAAAUCUAAAUCAGGCAAAAGAGGUGAUACACUACCUGACGGUACAAAGAUUACGAAGCCAUCUCCUAUAAAUUAUGCACAAACGGAUGAAGGUGAUGAAACCGGUGAUGGGAUUCCUUCGAAUGAAGCAAAUGAUUAUAGCGACGAAGAUGAAGAAGCUUUGCCUCCAGAAGACUCGCUUGCUUUUGCCCUUUCCAGCUCAAAAGUUUGGACUUUGCCUUCGGGAAAGAACGUUGGUGACAUCUACUCCGAAAAAAUAUCUGAAAACGCACGCACAGUAAAAAAUAAGAAGAGACUAACGGCAAUUGAAAAAGCCAUAUUGCGAUAUGGUGCAUCAAGGAUAAUUGAUUUAUCCGCUCACAUGAAAAAGUGGUUUUGCGAAAACGACAAAAAGUUCAUUAAGAAAGAUUACGAAUCUAUGUUGCGAGUUCCCGAAAUGACAGGCGAGGAGAGUUCAUUUGUUCUAAAAGUCGAGGAUCAUUUACAAGAGCAAAGGCAAGAAGAUAUUUUAGAUUUUACUACAAAAGGUGCACACACAGAAGUAGACGUAAUCCUAAAAGCUUGUGCGUACAUUGUCGAGGGGCUUAACAAGAGUCUCACAAUUUACCCAAGAUGGGGCGAAUCAUUUUGCCCAUUAAGUAGGAGUGCGGAUCACAUUAAUGGGCGCAAAUGUGAU